GAGCCGGAUACGAGUUGAACACGAGCGGCUCGCACCACUUACAACCCUACCCCAGAGCCGUAGAAAAGGAUAGUCACGGUAAAGAGAGGAGGAGAGUAAAAAAGCGAAAAGGUGAAUUAUAAGGAAAGUUGUUGGAGGCCAAAGUAGAGAGUAAGCAAGAACUUGCAAGCUUUGAUUGAUUUGUGUGAUCCAGAGCAGUAGAGAAAUGGAGAAGAUAAGCCAAGCCUUUGAGAAGGUGAAGAUGAACCAGGCCUUUGAGAAGGUCAAUACCAAACAAGCCUUGGACAAGAUGAAGCUGUUCGUCGGAAUGGACGUCGACGAUGACGACGAAGAAUCCGCCGCCGCUUCUUCUUCCGGUCUGCAGCACCAGGAUUCUUUCAUCGACGACUUCAAUCGCAACUGCACCUUGUCCACCAAACAGAGGUUUUAUGGCUUCGCGGUUUGCCUGGCUUCUGGAUUGACUUGUACACUCCUGUCGAUGCUUGUUUUCUUCCAUCCAAUCAAGUUUGCAAUUACAUUCACGCUCGGAAAUCUGCUUUCACUUGGAAGCACAGCAUUCCUCAUUGGACCUAAACGGCAAUUCUCAAUGAUGCUGGAUCCUGUUCGCAUUUAUGCAACAGCCAUAUACCUUGCGAGCAUUAUAAUUGCAUUGUUUUGUGCUCUCUAUGCUCGUAACAAAAUAUUGACACUUCUGGCAAUAAUUUUGGAAUUUGGUGCAUUGAUUUGGUAUAGCUUGAGCUACAUCCCUUUUGCAAGGUCCAUGGUAUCAAAGAUCAUGAUGAGUUGUUUUGACACCGAAUUUUAGAUUGAUAUUCAACAAGGCUUGUGGUUCAUCUUCUGGAGGAAAUUGAUUUCUUGUGCACAUUUGAGUUUUUUGUGGUACAUAAAGUCAGGCAGUAAUUCAAACUAAAGGUAAGAGAUACACGGAUUUGAAAUGUAAAUUGUAUGAUCGAGUCAGUGAGUCCCCGUGCCAUAAUAAGAAGACAUUUUCAUGGCAAUUUCCUAUCACUCCUAUUGAUGACUUUCUGAGAUAUGGAUAAUCAAACUAUCAAUGAUACGAGAAACUAAAUUUUACA